AUGUCAACAGAAAAUCUGUCAUCAAAAGCACCGACCUUCAUGGAUUCCUCCAGGCUUGUGGUACAAGAUGAUGCUAGAAAUAUCUAUCGAGAUAAACUUGAAGGUGUCAGUAAGAUCAAGAAGGAGAUCUUCAGGACGGUAUCUGCUAGUGAGCUAGAGAUAUCAACUGAUGGAAAUCAUCUCAUUGAUUUCAGGGACCUUCUGAUUGCUCUUAAGAAGAGAUUAUCCCCUAGAACCGCGGACCGCCAAUAUGAAGUGCGGCAGAAGUAUCAGAACCUGCAAAAGGUGCCUAAACAGGUGGCUAGAUGCUUGGACACUGAAAAGGAGAUCAAGCACUCUGGUAUAGAUGGCAACUAUGAUAUAUGGAAGGACUUCUUCUGUGCCAAUAUACCCAUCGAUAAUCCAUAUGUCACCGUUCGAAAAAGGGAAAUUGAGAUAGGGGGUAAGGAGGACUUCUCCUUCGCAGAUGUGGUAAAUGAUUUCCGAUCCAAAUAUCGCAAAAAUGGGAUAUACCAAGCCAGGACUUCUUGUGUCCAAUCUUACUACCUUGAAUGGUAG